AUGAGCCUCCAGAACCCACCCAAACUCCUGGAACUGGCAGUGCAGAGCCUGCUGAGGAAGGAAGCCAUGACCAUCUCUGUUCUGGAGGAGCUGCCCAUGGAGCUCUUCCCACUCCUGUUCAUGGAAGCCUUCAUCAGGAAACACAGUGAGACCCUGAAGGCGAUGGUGCAGGCCUGGCCCUUCUCCUGCCUGCCUCUGGGCUCCCUAAUGAAGACGCCUCAACUGGAUAUCUUACGACCUGUGCUGGAAGGGCUUGAUGCACUGCUGACCCAGGAAGUUCGCUCCAGGAGGUGGAAACUCCAAGUACUGAAUCUGGUGAAUGUUGAUGAGAACUUCUGGAGCGUAUGGUCUGGAGCUCUUACAUACUCACUCAAGGAUAUGAGUAAGAGACAAACUCUGGAGGACUGUCCAAGGAUGGGAAGGAUGCCCCCCUUGAAGGUGUUCAUAGACCUUUGCCUCAAGAAAACAACCCUGGAGGAAAGCUUUGCCUACCUCCUUCAGUGGGUCAAGCAAAGAAAAAGCUUAUUACAUUUGUGCUGUAAAAAGUUGGUGAUUUUUGCAAUGCCCAUUGAAAAUGUCAGGGAGGUCUUAAAGAUGGUGAGCCUGGACUGCAUCCAGGAGGUGGAAAUAUAUUGCCUCUGUGAACUAUCCACGCUAGCAAGGUUUGCGCCUUACCUGGGCAAGAUGUGUAAUCUCCGUAAACUCAUUCUCUUCAACAUCCACGAGUCUGUCUACACUUCCCCAGAGAAGAAGGAGGAACGUGUUGCCCAAUUCACCUCUCAGUUCCGCAAGCUGGACUAUCUUCAGAAGCUUUAUAUGUAUACUCUCUCCUUCCUUGAAGGCCAUCUGGACCAGCUGCUCAGGUGCCUCAAGUCCUCCUUGGAGACCCUCCUACUGACUAACUGCCUGCUAUCAGAAGCUGACUUGGUGCAUCUGUCAGAGUGGCCAAAACUCCAUCAGCUAAAGGAGCUGAGCAUGAAGGGCAUCGUGAUGACUCACUUCAGCCCUGAGCCACUCCAAGUUCUGUUGGAGAAAGUUGCAGCCACCCUCCAGACCUUGAAAUUAGAUGAAUGUGGGAUCACAGACUCUCAACUCAACACUAUUCUGCCUGCCCUGAGCCACUGCUCCCAGCUCACAACCUUCAGCUUCUGUGGGAACCCCAUCUCCAGGGUCACCUUGGAGAGUCUGCUACGCCAUACAGUCGGGCUGAGAAAGUUAAGCCUAGAGUUGUAUCCCAUCCCCCCGGAGUGUUAUGAUACCCAGGGUGUUCUCUAUCGAGGGAGACUUGCCCAGCUUGGGACUGAACUGAAGAAGAUCCUGAGAGGUUUAAGGCAGCCCAAGAGGAUAAUGUUCAGUACCAACCCCUGCCCUCACUGUGGUAUCAGGUCAUAUUAUGACCUGUAG